AUGAGAGAUCAAUCAGGGCAAUUGCCUUUGUUCUAUUCGUCUAAAGCUAGUGCAUGCUUAAAGGAUUCACGUACUGGCGUUAUGAGCUACAGUUAUGAACUGUGUUUCUGGGACCCUAACGAUAAUGGGGUAAACGUACUACUGCAACAUAUUUCGGCGGGUAUCAAGUCCUGCGGGACAAUGGUAAGCUUUUUCAAGCAGCGAAGCGAGUUGGAGAAGGAUUAUGCUCGCCGGCUGGGUGCUAUGAGUAACAAGCUGGUGUCGGAUAUGGAGGAAAAUCCAGAGUAUGGGCGCUUAAACGAUUGUUUUCGAACGGUGGUAACUAACGAGCGGGCUAGGGCACAGGCGCAUUCGAAACAGAGCGAACUGCUGUACCGACAGAUAUACAGCGAUGUGAAGGCGUUUGCCGGGAAGAUGCAGGCUCGUUACACGACGUUGAGCGGGAGGAUAGAGAAUCUGAGGGUUGACAAAUACAACAAGAGAAAGGGCUGCGAAGACUUGACGAAAAAGCUGGAAGAAGCUGAGCUGCGCGCCAGGGAUCUGCGCCUGAACCAGAACAAUGUGAUCGGGAGCAAGAAGAUCGAGCAAAAUAGGCGGGAGCUGGCUAAGUGGGACAACAACAGUCGAGAGAUCAGCCUGCAGUUGGAUGUGCUGACACAGGAAUACCGGGCAUCUCAGAAAUACUGGUUCAAAGAAUGGGCAGACAUAAGCGGCCAAUUGCAGGAGAUGGAAACGGCUAGAAUCUCCUAUUUGCAGUCAAAAAUGCAGCAAUUUGCCCAAGUCACGCUGGAGACUGCGCUCUUGGAACAAUCAAAAAUGGACUCUCUAAUGAACCAGCUAGCGACUUUCACGCCCGCUGACGACAUUGCAGAGUUUUCAAGCGACUAUGGCACUGGCAGGCUUAAAGAAAAGAGGAAGGCGACUGGCGAUCUGGCAGUUCACGACAUUUCGAGAAGCAAGAAAGACCUGCAUGCGGAGAACAUCAGAAAACUGUCGUCCCAGUUGCAAAGACAAACGCUAGGGGACUCAAGGAACGACAAGCAGCUGCCUUCUCCGAAACUUCAACGACAGGAAGAGAUAGGCACAAAAAGGGUCCCCAAGAAUGAGCUAUCUCGCAUUGAAGAGCCAAUUUCAGCAGAUCUUAAAGAAAAGUUAUCACCUUCUGCUAGGCAUCAACAACAAAAUCGCCAAGGAACGUCUCCGUCCUCGUCUGCCUCCUCGUCUGUCCCUACAGACUUCACAGCACAUGUGAAGAAUCGCCACAGCAUCGACUCUAUGGCAACUUCAGUGAGUUCCAUGGCGAGUAGCAUAGAUGAAUCUCAGAGAUUCGCCAAAUCUUGGAACUCGUCAAACAGGAAAAGAAAAUCCAUGAGCCAUUUGCAUCAGGAGAAGGCUCGUGAGGAACAACUGGGAUCUUCCCUGGGACAGCACAGCGAGGGAAGCUUGCAAAAUGGUUCACCUGUACUCAGAAACCCCAGUGCCGACACUACUAUUAUGAACACAAACUUAGCAACACAGCAGAGCGUUAGACGCAAAUCGAUGGUGCUGCAAGAUUCCAGUAAUCCAAUAGAAGAUGCUCUUUACGAGAUGGAGAGGAUAAAGAGUAUGGGAAAUAGUGUAUUCGCCGGUUCCGAUUCCCAACUAGGACGCGUCAGAGAUAACGGCAUCACCGUCACUCUACCAACGGUGACCAGCCAGGGUGAGCCGGUUAUUAGAUAUGCAAAGGCGAUUUACCCAUUACUAGAUAACGAUGCAGCCGAGCUCGCUCAUUUUGACAAGGGCGAUUACUUGCUUCUCACGGCUAUCAUAAAUGAAGAUUGGUUCAGAGGUGAGGUUUACGAUAAUAACUUCAUUGCUGGGACCCAUAAGAACGGGUUGAUUCCAUACAACUUUAUCCAGCUACUGAAUUAG